UAAAGGAUCUCAGGUGUCUCGCCUGAGCCUCACCGACCCUUUUUUCUCCUUCACUGCUUAGCUCCCCGGCUCUUCUCUUCCGGUCACUCGCCCCCUCCUCCUCGUCGUACUCCUCUUCUCUUGUGCCCAAGAUCCGACCACCACCACCAUCUAUAUGCAUCAUAUAUGCACAUACUUAAACAACAUGGACUUCUCCAAGAAGUCCAUCAACAAUCUUGUACUUGUUUCUGUUGUCUUUACGGGCUUGCUUUUCAUUUUUACCUGGAAUCCGACGGCCUUAAAAUCAGCAAUCUUUUCUUUCCAGAAACACUCAACCUCACAAUCAAACGUCCCAAAUGUUACAAUGAUAAGAGAUGAACUUGAAGCAGCUCUAAGCAAUGCUGCCAUGGCCACGGACAAGACCGUGAUCAUUACCAUAGUAAACAAAGCCUAUGUCGAGCCCCACAACGACCAAUAUCCAACUAUGUUGGAUCUUUUUCUUGAAGGUUUUUGGGUUGGAGAAGAGACGAGAUCGUUGCUUGAUCAUUUGUUAGUAGUAGCAAUGGAUCAGACGGCCUAUGAUCGGUGUUCGUUUCGGCGGUUGAAUUGUUACAGGUUGCUGACGGACGGCGUUGAUUUCACGGAAGAAAAGCUCUAUAUGUCGCAGGAUUUCAUCAAGAUGAUGUGGACAAGAACCCGUUUUCUCCUUGAUGUUCUUAAGCGGGGGUACAACUUCAUAUUCACAGAUACAGAUGUAAUAUGGCUAAGGAAUCCAUUUCCAAGAUUAAGAUUCAACGGAACUGAUGACUUACAAAUUAGCACGGACAACUUCAAUGGCAAUCCCAGGUCCCAAAAGAAUCCGAUCAACACGGGUUUCUACCAUAUCAGAGCAAACAACAAGACCAUAACACUAUUCCAAAUUUGGUACGCCACAAGACUCAAUUCCACAGGAUUGAAGGAGCAGGAUGUUUUGGGAAACUUGAUAUAUAAAGGAGUGGCUGCAGAAUUAGGCCUUAAUCUCAGGUUUUUGGACACCCUCUAUUUUAGUGGCUUUUGCCGGGAUAGCAAAGACGUUAGAUCGGUGGUUACUGUCCACGCUAAUUGCUGCAGAAGUAUAAGUGCUAAGGUGGCUGAUUUGACUGCAGUGCUAAAAGAUUGGAAGAGAUUCAAGCAGUCUAAACUCGGUGCUAGCACUGCUAAGCGGAUCGCAGCCCAAAAUACAACAAAUGCUGUGUUCAAGUUCAAAUGGUCCAACCACAUUGCUUGUUUCAAGUCUUGGAGGAAGCCUAGUGCAAAUUAGCCUUCUGAGACCAAAGGCUAUAAGCUCAAUCUUUGGUUCUGAGUUGUGUUGAGUGCAAGAAAGCUGCCUCUUUUGUUCUUGUGAUGUCAAUUACAGAUAGUAACAACUUCAACUGGAAGUUAUAAAAGUAA